GUUUCUGGCGGCGCCGGCGCCAUCUUGUAGGGACCUGCGACCGAGUGGGAGUGGAGUGGGGCGGCCGUUGUUGCCGACUCUUCCCUUCUCCGCACGCUCGAGUCGGCGGGUUGCUUAGGCCAUCGGUCCUCAAGGCGAAACUUGUCUCUCACUUAGUUCUGGGGAGCGCCUGGCCGACAUGAGUGAUGUAGAGGAGAACAACUUCGAGGGCAGAGUUAAUGUUCGUGAAGAAAUUGAAGAGUUUUUUCCAAGAAUGUGGAAGAUAAAUCAAGAUAAAAGAAGGCUAAUGAAAAGUAUUAAAGAUCAGAAAAUUAAAAUUGAAUGGGGGAAAAAAUUGAACAGAAGAUUGGUCAGAUAGAAGCACUUGAAUAUUUUUUAAGGCUAUUUUGAAUUGUUUGAAUUGGGGAAGAAUACACGAAGUAUGAAAAAUGAAAAACUCAAUGAAGAAUGAAGAGAAGUAGAAAGCAAGAGUGAAGUAGAAUUAAAAGAAUCUGGAAGAAUGAAUGGGUCCUAGGUUAAGUAAAUGAGUCUCGCUCUCAGUCAAAAUCUCCAACGGGAACUCCUGCUCGUGUAAAAUCGGAGAGCAGGUCAGGAUCUCGUAGUCCAUCAAGGGUUUCCAAACAUUCUGAAUCCCAAUCUCGAUCAAGAUCAAAAUCCAGGUCGAGGUCAAGGAGGCAUUCUCAUAGACGGUACACUCGAUCCAGAUCCCAUUCUCACUCUCAUAGGAGACGAUCUCGAAGUAGGUCAUAUACACCAGAAUACCGGCGUCGAAGGAGCCGAAGUCAUUCUCCAAUGUCUAACCGGAGAAGACAUACAGGCAGCAGGGCAAAUCCAGAUCCCAACACUUGCCUUGGAGUGUUUGGCCUCAGUUUGUACACAACAGAGAGAGAUCUUCGUGAAGUAUUUUCUCGAUAUGGACCAUUGAGUGGUGUCAAUGUGGUUUAUGAUCAGCGAACUGGACGAUCACGAGGAUUUGCUUUUGUCUACUUUGAGAGGAUAGAUGACUCAAAGGAGGCUAUGGAACGGGCAAAUGGAAUGGAGCUGGACGGUAGAAGAAUUCGUGUGGAUUAUUCUAUCACCAAGAGAGCACACACACCUACACCAGGCAUCUACAUGGGCAGACCAACUCAUAGUGGCGGUGGUGGAGGUGGAGGCGGUGGUGGAGGCGGAGGAGGAGGCAGACGUCGAGAUUCUUACUAUGAUAGAGGAUAUGAGCGUGGUUAUGACAGAUACGAAGACUAUGAUUACCGGUACAGAAGAAGAUCACCUUCUCCUUACUAUAGUCGAUACAGAUCACGAUCAAGAUCUCGUUCCUACAGCCCAAGGCGCUAUUGAUGAAGAGAACGAUUGCAGUUGAGGAUCUCUUUUUCUCUCUUUGUCUUUUGUUUAAUUCUGGAUUUCCCUGAGCUUCUAAUCCUUCCUACUUCUUAAAAAGAAUCCAUAAAAAUAUCUUUGGUUUAUUUAGCAUCUACACUUUGUCGAUUGUAUUGCUGUUUUUCACUCCUUUUAUUAUACUCUUAUGGAUGUAAUUGUUGUCAUUUUGAGUAGUUAACAUCUCGAGUAAAAAAGGAACCCCCAGUGUUAUACUUUGUAAAUUUUUUCCCCCGCUUUUACAGAAAAUUUAACUCCUGGCUAAUCAAAAGAGGAAAGAAAUGGUCUUUUUAAAGCUUCUUUUGUGUUAGAUACUGUAUUAGAAAUCUACAUUUCUGACAAACUCCUUUUUUAACUUUCUUUUGAAGAAGAUAGUAACGCAUAAAGUAGUUCAGUCAUGUCAGGUUUGUCUGGGGUGGCAUGGAGCAAAUAGUAGAAUGUAGAAUGUUUUAAGCUACAAAAGAAAACACUUGGUCAUUUCUUUUGG